AUGGGCUCACGACUUCACAAUGCGCCCAUUGUUAUCGACAACGGUAGCGGCACAAUAAGAGCUGGUUUCGCAGGCGAGGAUGUACCGAAAUGCUUUUUCCCAUCGUACGUGGGGCGGCCAAAGCAUGUGCGAACAAUGGCAGGAGCAUUGGAGGGCGAGCUGUUCAUUGGGCCGCAAGCGCAACAAUAUAGGGGCCUUUUCAAGAUCAACUAUCCUUUAGAGCAUGGCAUUGUCACAGAUUGGGAUGAUAUGGAGCGGAUAUGGCAGUACGUCUACAACGAGGGGCUUAAGACGGUCAGCGAAGAUCACCCAGUGCUCCUCACAGAACCGCCUCUAAACCCUCGAGAGAAUCGCGACGUGGCAGCCCAGAUCCUCUUCGAAACAUUCAACGUCCCCGCACUGUACAGCUCUGUACAAGCCGUCCUUUCGCUCUACGCUUCGGGGAAAACAACAGGACUUGUCCUGGACUCUGGAGAUGGCGUGUCCCACGCAGUGCCGGUUUUCCAAGGAUUCGCGAUACCCAACAGCAUCCGGCGGAUAGAUGUAGCAGGGAGAGAUGUGACUGAGCACCUACAGCAGCUGCUACGGAAAGGUGGCAACAUUUUUCACACAAGCGCAGAGAAGGAGACGGUCAAAGCGAUCAAGGAGACAACAGGCUACGUAGCCCUCGAUCCGAUAAAGGAAGAGAAGGAGUGGUCCGGGAACAGGUCAGACGGCAAGAGUGUCGAUUACACGCUGCCAGACGGACAUAAGCUGAAGGUCGGUGCAGAACGCUUCCGCGCCCCGGAGAUCCUCUUCAAUCCCGAGAUCAUCGGUCUAGAGUACCCUGGUGUACACCAGAUUGUCGUCGAGGCCAUUCACAGGACAGACAUGGACCUGCGGAAGGCGCUAUAUGGCAACAUUGUGCUCUCAGGUGGCUCUACGCUGACAAAGGGAUUCGGUAACAGGUUACUCCAUGAGGUGCAAAGACUGGCUGUCAAGGACAUGAGGAUCAAGAUCCUCGCGCCGCCCGAGCGCAUUUACACCACAUGGACUGGCGGCAGCAUUCUCGCCGGCCUGAGUACCUUCAAAAAGAUGUGGGUUGAAAAGGACGAGUGGCAGGAGAACCCAGACAUCAUCCACGCCAAAUUCGCCUAG